AUGCCAUUCAUCAUAUCCACCGGGACAAAGAAAGUCGACCCCCACACCCGCAAGCUCAUUCGCAGCCAUGUCACGAGGGGCAAGAAUCGGGGGAAGGCCCGCGUGGAACAGCCCAGCCAACAGGCCCCACACACGCACGACACCCAUGCAGGCAUUACAAAUGAGCACGAGGAACAGAUCAAGAUGCAUCAAGCAAGAGUGGGUUUCUUCCCUCUUGCCCGAUGUGUCGUCUUCAACAAAGUUGACAGUCAUUGGAUGCUGCGCAUGCUCAGCUCGAAUGAUGCAUAUGUCAAUGCCGUAAUAAUGACGGCUCAACUGUACUUUGAGAAGGACGACAAAGGUUCGGCGUCGCCUUACUUGAACAGGACCAUCAGGUUGCUGCGGGAUAAGCUCUCCGACGAGCAGUCUCAUUUAUCCAAUGCGACAAUCACGGCCAUGAGCCUUCUGGCUAUGCAUGCUCAUAUGACGGGUGAUAUGAAUGGUCUGAAGGCGUUCAUGUCGAUUUCUAGACUUCCCAUCAACCUUAUUCGCUGCGACAUCGGACGGGCUUUGCUAGUGGGUGACAAGCCCGUAUUUGGUGAGUAUAGGGAGCUCGGACCUUCUAUUCUGUUUCCCCCGUACCUGAAAAUGAGUCUCAUCUCCGAACCCCCGUUCGUCCAGGACCUGGACCCAGGACUAGCCGGGAUCUGGCGCACUAUGCAGACCUUCAGUGCAUAUAUGAACCUUGCGAGUGAAACCAGCGGCCGAAUUCCGGAGAUAGAUUUUGUCAGGACGAUGCUUUCCGUCAUGUAUCCACUACAACGGAUGGUCUUCGAGAACGGGUCCUGCGAUGAGGCCGUUCGUCUUGCUCUGCUGGCCUACGGAUUCGACGUCUUCCUGCGGUGGGAUGAUUGCUUCAUUCAUUCGCCAUAUCUGUCCGCAGCAUAUGAACGGUGCCUAGUACAGCUGAGGACUAAGGAUUAUGUGUCCUCUCAGUUAUGGAUCUGGCUGUUGACGGUUGGUAACUUGUCGGUCUUUCUGCCUCCGGCUUGGAAUUCUCUGAAGCACUGGUUGCUGGAUGACUUGAAACAUUGUAAGAUACAUUCAUGGAAAGAGACGCAAGCAAUCCUAUCGUCUUUCAUAUGA